UUCUCUCGUAUUCAUUUUUUACAUCUUCAUAAUUUAUUUUCACCGUUAUUACGAAUCUAUCAAUGGCUUCUUCUUUCACUUCGUUCUUCGAUUCAACAAACCGAUGGAAUUAUGAUACUCUCAAGAACUUCGAUCAAAUUUCUCCCGUCGUCAGGAAUCAUCUCAAACAGGUUUACUUAACCUUGUUUCUGGCUGUGGCUGCUGCUGCUGUUGGAGCUUACCUUCAUGUCCUCUUUAACCUUGGCGGGUUUCUCACCAUGAUUGCGGGUGUGGGAACCAGUGUUUGGCUAAUUUCAACACCUAUUUAUGAAGAGAGAAAGAGGUUGAGUUUGUUGGUGGCCUCGGCAAUGUUUCAAGGUGCCUCCAUUGGACCCUUGAUUGAUAUGGCUAUUCAAGUUGAUCCAAGCCUCAUCUUCAGUUCAUUUGUGGCAACCGCGUUGGCUUUUGGGUGUUUCUCUGGAGCAGCUUUGGUUGCUAAGCGUAGGGAGUACUUGUAUCUUGGUGGCUUGGUUUCUUCUGGGUUGUCCAUUCUUCUCUGGUUGCACUUCGCGUCUUCCAUCUUCGGAGGUUCGAUGGCUAUCUUCAAAUUUGAGUUGUAUUUUGGGCUUCUGGUGUUUGUGGGUUACAUUGUAGUGGACACACAAGAAAUAGUUGAGAAGGCACACCGUGGCGAUCUAGAUUAUGUGAAGCAUGCUCUGACCUUGUUUACUGAUUUGGUUGCAAUCUUUGUCCGGAUUCUAAUUAUCAUGUUGAAGAAUUCAAGAGACAGGACUGAGAAAAAGAAGAAGAGAAGAGAUUAAUUUUCUCAUCAAUCAAACUUGUUUGAAGCUUUUCCUUUAAAAUCUUUGGAAAUUAGUAAGAUACGAUAACAGUUGUCUGUAAAGAAGUGUUCUCCUGUCUUGAACUUUUUCCCACUGUGCAGUUAGUUCUGUUUCUGCUUUAUAUUACAUGUUGACAUGUUUAUCUAAUUUUAUAAUAAGAGAGAUUAUCACA